CACAACUUGGUUACAUACUUUUUCCGCUUCCGGUUCCGGCCCAACCUUCACCCUCACUUCCGACGGGGCCCUUAACGCUGAAUAGAGACUGGACGCUUACGUACAUUCUAUUUCCGUCGUACAUCUCUUGUAAAUCACUUAUUGCAAAGGGUUCUUCAAACAAUCGGAGAGUAUUUAAGUAUAUUUGCGCUCGAUCGUAUUUCCAUUCAAGGUACAGCGAUGGCAAGGAUCUUUCGUCGAGCUGCGAAUAAGGUUAUAAACUCCAGGGAUGGUCACGGCUCUCUUGGUCUGCUCAUCUUCGACGAAAAAGUUGUGUACGAGAGUUUCCAAAAGCUGAUCAUUGCAAAAGCGGACGCAUCCUUAGGUAUGUUAAAAUGGGCCAAGAAUGAAGAUAAUCUCGCUCUGCAGGAUGUGUUCAGCAAAGUGUUUGAGGUGUCCACAAUGUGGACGACAGUUAUGAAGGAUUUUACAUCAUUUCACAAGCUGAGCAGGAGCAAGCUGAACUUGAAGUGAAAACAACCAAGCACGAGAUCUUUAAGGCUCGUAAAUUGAGGGAGUCAUUGAGCAAGAUUUCUGAUGGGCUUCAGCAAUGGGCAUCCAAGACAAAAUCAGUUGCAGAGACAUACAAGAAACUUGCUGAUCUUAUCACAGAUACUCCAACUCAACUCUCAGAAAGCAAAGUUUUUCAUGGAGCUGGGCAAUCAAGAAGCAUUGUAAAUGAUCUUGCUCGACAAAUUUCUAUUGAUCCUGAAAUUUCUGCCCAGUUGGCAACAAUGUCACAGUCUACCCACUCUUAUCUGUAUGCCAUGUCUGGGCCUGUGAAGCAAGACAGACAUUAUGCAGAAUUAAAUGCUGCAAUAGACCAGAAGCCGUCAAAAAUGCCUCAUCAGCAUCUACGAAUCAAGGACAGUCUUGUGGACCAACAUGCGAGGAGGCCAUUGUCACUGAAUGACCUGAGGCCACCACCAACCUCACCCCCACCCCCUCUGCCAAAAAAUGCAAAGCCAGUUGUUUUUAGAACAAAUUCAGCAAAGGAAAGCAUAGUACGGAAAACUAAGAUGAAUUCCAAACAGUCAACUGGAAAAAUCUGGUAUGCAAGGACAACCAUCUCAAGCACUUCAGAUUCUGACAGUGAUGGAUACACCGAACCUGUUACAGAUGCUUCGUUCUUUGAAAGAAGGAAAAACAUGCUUUGCAAAGUACUAAGUGAUGGGGCUAUAGACCAGGUGGGGGUUCACACUUAUGCUAGUAGAGAAACUGGCUAUGCAUCAACUAGCACAAAUUUUUACCAUCAACUGGAAAAAAGACCCUCAGGAGAGGACAAGGUUAUUGAAGAAAAUGAACCUGCGAGCUACGUUGAUCUGAUUAAUAAUUAACAACUAUUCACCAAAGUGGAGGUGGCUAGUGUUGGAUAUUUACUAAGCAGAAAAAGGGAGAGGUAAACAUUCAAUGCUAGUCACAGAUGCUGAGGUGAAUAGUUGUUUUUUUUGUAUGUGGUAAUUAAAAACAGUGGGAUGACAUAGCCCAAAAUGAUGAUUUUAACUCAUUUAUUCUUACAACAAUUUCAAUAUUCUUGGGUGUAAAUCCUGCUUGCAUGCUCUGAGGUAAAUACCAAUUAAGUAUAUACAGAGUCUUAGUAGUCAAUCAGAGUAUGCCUUCAAUGCCGUCCACAAUUCUAGUAUACACUUAUUACAGAUAACCGUUAUACACAUUAGUGUUGCAAAUUAUAUUUUAAUAGUGAAUUUAAAUUGUACAUCAACUUUUUAUUUACUAACUAGAGAAAAUUGAUAUUAUCUAUUAUAACUACCAGGUUUUCUGCUAUUUUAAUAGUCAACAAGUUCCAAAUUAUGGUUUUAGUUUUGUAAUUUAAGAUUAAUUUUGAGUCAUUUUUCUGGAAAUUUGUAAAAUUCAUGAAUCGUUACUGACUUAGAGCAGUUCCAGCAAACAAUGGACCAAAUUAACCUUUGUAAAAUAAGUCCUAACAAUAUAUAAUUCAAGUGAUUGUUUACAUCACAGAGGAUAGAUAUAUAGAUAGAUAGAUAAUUUAUUAAAACUGCAUUGCAGCCAAAGGCUGAAUUAUGCAAUUAUUACAAAAACUUUACAAUACUUGAAAUUACAAAUGAAUCUCAGAAAAUAAAUCAAAAACUGAUUUUUAAGAUAAUAUUAAAAAAUUCUAUAUAACAUAUUCAUAUUGAAAUAUGUUAAAAUAUAAAGCAUGAAUCUAAGUGGGAUAAAACUACAGCCUGGACUGUUUCAACAUUGCAUAUAUAACUACUAAAUGUGCUCAAUCAGCCUUGUGUUGGUUCUUUGCCAAAAUAUUUGAGGUUUAAUGAUUGUGUUCACUUCUGAACAUGCAAUUUUCUUUUCCAUGGUGGAAAUUUUGAAAUGAAGCCACCUUAAUGUUGAACAUUAAGUUGCCAUUAUCAUGAUGUCAUUUCAGUUGUCAUUCAGUACUAUUACAGGUAUAAUAAUAAUUAUUAUCAAUA